GAACUCCGCUGAAGUUCUUACCGAAAGCAGUCUUUUUGUCCGAAUAUUGUUACAUCAUAAAUUUGUUUUGGAGUCAAAUUUUCACGGAUUUUCACUCAAAAAUCCCAUUUAAUGUGAUAAAUUGAUCAAUUAGUGGUCAGGUGAUUGCAUGUGGUAGUGGCAGUGGGUGAAAGUGACCAGGAAAAGUGUGAAAAGUGCUCGGAAAAGGGUGCUAAAAAUUGGACGUGUGGUGUGUUGAGGAGAGAAAUGUCAAAUGAUAAGAAGUUCUUCCCAAAAGUUGCACUGAUUCCUUUCACGAGUCCGCGAGUGUUUUGAAAAAAAAGGGGGCACGGAAAUUGUUGAUUUGUUUUAUUUUUACCUGAUUUUCUUGUUGAUUUUCUCGGUUGUAGCGUGAAAAAGGGCAAAAGGAGGGAAAUCUUUCGGUGUGUCUCCUUGCAAUUACCUUUUAGUUGUUUCUAUCACAAUUUUUCUGGGCAUUGAAAGGGAAAAGAAAUAAAGUUAAUGGCUGCUUACUUAAAUCGCACACUAUCGAUGGUGACGGGAAAUGGAUCCAUCUCGUCCUACGAUACAUCUUCGCUGGCGGAAACACGGGGCCUGCACAAUACGGCCAACGAUGUGUCCCCCUUGCAGAUCUUCGUGCGCGCCAAGAAGAAAAUCAACGACAUCUUCGGCGAAAUUGAGGAGUAUGUUGUGGAGACCACAAGAUUCGUCGAUAGCGACCAGCCCGGAGAGCUGGAUAUUAUCGAUAAGUACGAGAAGGAAGCUUUUAGUAGCUACGUGCACAAAGUGUCUGGGAUUCGGGAAGUCCUAGCGCGGGAUCAUAUGAAGGUGGCUUUUUUCGGACGCACAUCCAAUGGCAAGAGUUCAGUAAUCAAUGCCAUGCUGCGCGAAAAAGUCCUGCCCAGUGGAAUUGGUCACACUACCAACUGCUUCUGCCAAGUGGAAGGUGUUGAUGGUCACGAAGCGUACCUGGUGAAGGAAGGAUCUGAAGAGAAACUCAAUGUAGUGUCCGUUCAGCAAUUGGCAAAUGCCCUGAGCCAGGAAAAGUUGAAUGAAUCCUCCCUGAUACGGAUCUUCUGGCCACGGGAACGUUGCAGUCUCCUACGGGAUGAUGUGGUAUUUAUGGACUCCCCAGGAGUCGAUGUUUCACCCAAUUUAGACGAUUGGAUCGACAACCACUGUCUCAAUGCCGAUGUCUUUGUCCUUGUUCUCAAUGCAGAGUCCACAAUGACGAUCGCCGAAAAAUCAUUUUUCCACGAAGUCUCUCAACGACUCUCCAAGCCCAAUAUUUUCAUCCUCAACAAUCGAUGGGAUGCCUCAGCCAAUGAACCAGAGUUUCAGGAAUCGCCAAAGGAAUUCCUUGAAAAGGUUAAAGCUCAGCAUACAGAAAGGUGCAUUGAUUUCCUUACGAAAGAGUUGAAGGUAUCGCUGCAGAAGGAGGCCGAAGAACGGGUAUUUUUCGUGUCUGCCAGGGAGACCCUUCAGGCACGUCUCAAGGAAGCUCAGGGGCAACCAGCUCAUUUAGGAGCCAUUGCCGAUGGCUUUCAGAAUCGCUAUUUUGAGUUCCAGGACUUUGAGCGAAAGUUCGAAGAGUGCAUCUCAAAGAGUGCAGUCAAGACAAAAUUCGAACAGCACAGUCGAGGAGGGAAGCAAAUUGCUAAAGAUAUGAUUUCAAUGCUGGACAAUAUCUACGAUAGAGCUUCCUGUCUGAAGACGCAAAAACUCGAUCAUCGGCGAAUUCUGAUUGAACGUAUCAAUAAUACGGAUCAGCAGCUGGCUCAAGUGACGCGAGAGAUGAAAUCGAAGAUUCAUUCGAUGGUGGAGGAGGUGGAACAGAAAGUGUCCAAAGCUCUAAAUGAAGAGAUCUGGCGUCUAGGUGUACUGGUUGAUGAAUUCCCACUGCCCUUCCACACGGAUCCCGUGGUGCUUAAUAUCUACAAACGCGAAAUGAAUAGCCAUGUGGAACAAGGUCUAGGAUCCAAUUUGAGGGCACGCCUAUCGACGGCCAUGGCCAUGAAUAUGGAAACAGCCCAGCGGGAGAUGACAGAGAAGAUGCAUUCCCUCCUGCCCAGUGAUAUGCUAAACCAGAAAGUUUCGUCAUUUGCCGUUCGUCAACAGCCCUUUGAAAUGUUCUACACGCUGAAUUGUCAGAAUUUAUGUGCAGACUUCCAGGAGGAUUUAGAGUUUAGAUUCUCCUGGGGCAUCACGGCUAUUCUGCAGAAGAUCAGCAAUCGCAUGAAAGACAAGAAGGGCAAUGACAAAACUCUCAUGAUCACUCGCCAGAGCAGCCAGAACAGUUUGCCACCUGUGAUGUCACCAAUCUCAGACCAACCGGAUGGAGCAAAUUGUGUCGUGCCUUAUGGAGGCUCCAGCAUCACUCCUGAGCAACUCUCGUUAAUCUCCAACAUGAUGGUAGCCACAAUGGGCUCCCAUGGCACUGUCGGUGGUAUUAUUGUGUCUGGCCUUCUGUUUAAAGCCAUCGGUUGGCGAGUCCUCGUGGGCAUUGGUGUGGCCUAUGGCUGUGUGUAUCUCUAUGAGCGUCUGUCCUACACAAAUUCAGCCAAAAAGAGGCGCUUCAAGAGCCAAUACGUCAAACACGCUACCAAGAAACUAAAGCUCAUCGUAGAUCUCACGUCUGCCAACUGCAGCCAUCAAGUUCAACAAGAAUUGUCGAGCACAUUUGCUCGUUUAUGUCGUACUGUGGAUGCUGCAUCAACUGAGAUGAAUGAGGACUUGCGUUCUGUGGAAAGUCUCCUUAAUCAAUUGGAGGCAAAUCAGAAGCAAAUGAAGUUGCUUCGCAAUAAGGCUAAUUAUAUAACGAAUGAAUUGGAAAUCUUUGAGAAUAACUACAUCAAAUCCAACUGAGAUGGAAGAAACCAAACCGUUACGAAGUGAGAGACUCCUCCUUAUUAGGUAAAUCAUUUAAAAAAAAUAGCUUAUUUCUUUUACGAAAAACAAUACAAAAGCACUAAAAAAAUAAUGUAAAGAAAAACAACUAUUUGUCCUGUUGAUACCGGGAAGGAUAUUUGUCAAGAUAAUAUGUGUAUUGCUUUUAAAGGGCAAUUCAUAUUUUAAUUAAUGCAGAAAUUAGGAAAAUAAAUAAAAUCACGUGUGAUUUUUCAAGGGUGCAAAAGAACUCCUUGAAUUUCUGCAGAAUGCAGCUUAGAGAUUGAAUAAUUUUAAAUGAUAUUGAAAUGAUUAUAAAUUGUAGAUAAUUCCCAAUGUAGAAUUGUACUAAGAAAAAAACCUUUUAAGUCAAAAAGAAUAUCUUUAAAUAAAUUAAACGUAUGUUAGACGGAAUAAAA